AUGAGAUUCGCACAUCUAUCAGAUCCGCACCCUGAGUGGAAAACGGUCGCAGAAGAUCACAUGAAGAACGAGGAGAAACUUUCGUACCUGUACGACUUGCCAAUUGAAGAGUUUCGAAAGAUACCUUACCGUCCACCGCCCCUGUCAGUGAAUGUCCCCCAGCCCGGUCAGCAUCUGCAAAUUUCAGAAAGACAGAUCCGUGUAAGGGAUGGUACCAAGAUUAGUCUUCGCAUCUAUCGGCCGAUGAUGACAACCGGAAAUCAUGUUCUGUUCUUUAACAUUCAUGGAGGAGGGUGGACUGUAGGCAUGCCACAAACAGAGGAGGGCCAAAAUCGUCUGAUAGCUGCUCGAAACGAAGCUAUAGUUGUUAGUGUGAAUUAUCGAUUAGCACCCGAAUUUCCGUUUCCUUAUGCACUGGAGGAUUCCAUCGAUGCUCUCAAAUGGACCCAGUCUAACGCAAGGCUACUCGAAGCUGAUCCAAGCAGGAUCAUUUUAGGUGGUGGUAGUGCUGGAGCUAACGUGGCGGCCGUCAUGGCGCAAAUUGCAAGAGAUGAGAACAUGUCUGGUAUUAUUGGGCAGAUCCUUAAUAUUCCGGUGACUUGCCAUCCAGAUCAUUUCCCACACUCAAAGUAUGAGGGCAACUCUUAUGAACAGAAUGCCCUUGCACCCAUUGUGAAUGCAGCGAAGAUGCACUUUUUCUGGAACAAUUACCUACCCAGUGGUGAAGCGCACCCGUGGAACAGCCCCCUUCUAUCAAAGUCAUUGAGAGGCCUACCACCAACGCUUGUCCAAGUCGCGGGGAUGGACCCUGUUCGAGACGAGGGUAUUGCUUAUGCGGAAGCUUUGAUGGCUGAAGGUGUGGACGUCAAACUAAAGGUGUAUGCCGGAAUGCCACAUGCAUUCUAUGUCUAUCCUGAUUUUGGAUCAUCUCUGGAAUAUCUGGAGACGAUGGUGGAGUGGGUCCACCAGGUAUCGCAAACCACACAAUCUACGCAAUAA